CGUAAGAUUAUUUUGGCUUUUGGGACAUAAACCUUCUCAUUCAUUGAUAUUAAUCUCAUUAUCGAUCGGUCGUCCAUCUAUCAAGCAAACCUCACAAAUCCUCAAAUCAAAAACCAAAUCUUGAUAAAUUCUAUACAACACACUCUCUCUCCCUUACACACACACUCCAUCUUCAUCCCAUCUCAAAUACCAAAUCUCAUUAAAGCUCCCCAAAAACCAAAAGGCGAAAAAUGGUCGACGCAUCCACAAACCCCCGCACAACUCUUCACCCCGCCAUGAUCCGUCAACCAGCUCCUACAUACAACACCAAAGAACGGGAUUUCGAAAUGAGAGAACCCGUAAGUUAUUAAUCUUUCCCAUCCCAUCCUCAUCCUCCACUCCACCUUCCCCAUCUCCCCUCCCAGAAAGUAAAAACCCACUAACCACACCCCUCCAUAUAGUCCCAACACCCGCACAUGACCAUGUCGCCCUCGCGCACCAAUAGCCACGACUCAUAUUCUUCAGCUGGUACUAGUGCUAGUAUCAGUAGUCAUGCAGUAGGAAGUGUGCCUGUACAUCAGAGGGGUGGAAAGGGGAAUGGAGGAUUAUGUUGUGGAAUUUGUGCGGGGUUGGCGUGUUUUGAGUGUUUGGAGUGUUGUUGUUAGGGUUUUGGGGUGGAGUGGAGAGGUCGGAAGGGUAAGAGGGGUGUGAGUAGGUAUC